GGCAUCCAUACGUCGAAACUAUUCAUCCUAUAAAAUAAUGUAUAAGUACAUACAUAGAUUGUGGGAAACCCCUUGAAUUUAAUUUGUCAUAGAACUUUUUAACCAGAAAAGGAACGCGAUCUCAGGAAUAGUUUUAGCUACAAUGUUGGUUAAAUGAGAAAAAAGGCAAUACUUUCUCCAUGCCGAUGACAUAAUUUAGCUACGUUUUAUCCGAUUUUGACUUAUUUGAAAAAAAAUCAAGAUCGGAAUAUGGCAGUGAAAUUUUGUAACCUGCAUGUGAGAGGUAUACUGCACACAUUUUCCUUAAUUUAACCACCAUUGUAGCUCUAACAAUUUUUGAGAUCCCAAUUCUCACCUUGGACACAUACUGAAUACUGAACUAUCGAGGUUUCUUUGCGACUAUCUCUUAAAAGCUCUGGUAGCCAAUAGAGGUUGCCGUUGCCCCGAUACACACAUUUUAUUAUGAAUACCUACAUGGUUAAUUUGUUUUGUUAUCAAUUGAUGUGCGGUAUGUAAUUUUGGCACGGGUUCAGAACGUGACAUUGCGAUUAGCAGAGGAUAUACUUGGAACAUGCAUAGCAAGUAUAUUUGUUUAUUGGGUGGAAUUGAGACACCGCAGAGCUCCAUCUUUUUACCAGAAUUGACCACUGCGGGAUUGUAUAGAACCUAUCGGUUGAAUUUGUAAAGUGACAAAAAUGAAGAUUCUUCAAGUAUGACAUCCCAGGAAAAACAAAUGAAUGAAUCGGACCUUUCCAAGCAACUUGAUGCUGAUAAAUCAGAAAAAAAGAACGUUGAGGCUGGCAAUUGUUAUUGCGGCAAAGACCGAAACUUGAACAUAAUAGAACUCCUGUGUGCCAACUGCAAUAGAUGGUUCCAUGAAUCCUGUAUAGGGUACCAAUUAGGGAAGCUUGUACCAUUUUUGACUAACUAUGUAUUUUUGUGUAAGAAUUGCUCACCUACAGGACUGGAGACUUUUAAGAAAAGUCAAGCUCAAACAUUUCAAAUGUGUAUCACAGCUAUAGCAAACUUACAACAAUCGAGUCUGAAAGAAGGCACAAACAAAACAAUGUUCAGCAAAGAUAAGGAGAUCAUUCCUUAUCUAGAAUAUCACUGGGAGGCACUGACCACGACUCCAAGAAGAGUCACCACAUCUUGGCAUGUCACAGUUACGAAAGCACUCAUCAAAGAUAUCCACAUUCUGUUUGUUUUUGAAGAUCAUCCUGAUGAUGGGCAUAUGUAUGGACUGAUCAAUUCUGAUCUCACUCAUAUUAAGCCUAAUUAUGAAGCUAUGAUAAAAGGAGGGACUUUAAAAGUCACAGAUAUGGGUAUUCAACAUGUUCCAGUUUCUGGCGGAGUUAAAUCUCGAAAUGCCAAGAGGAAAUUCUUUGGAGAUGUUGGUGCUCAAGGAAAGAAGGGAAGAGGAGUAGAUUUGGGUGCUCCAAAGUUACCAGCUCAUGGCUAUCCUUUAGAUCAUCCAUUUAAUAAGGAUGGAUACAGAUAUUUGCUUGCAGAGCCUGAUCCACAUGCUCCAUUCAGACAGGAAUUUGAUGAAAGCUCAGAUUGGGCUGGCAAGCCUAUUCCUGGUUGGCUAUACCGUACUUCCAUUCCUGGUACUGUCCUUUUAGCAUUACAUGAUAGAGCACCCCAGCUUAAGAUUUCUGAAGACCGGUUGGCAGUAACUGGAGAAAAGGGGUAUUCUACAGUCCGCGCGACACAUUCUGUCAGUAAGGGAAUUUGGUACUUUGAGGCCACAGUUGAUGAGAUGCCUGAGGGCUCUGCAACUAGAAUGGGCUGGGGUCAAGACUAUGCCAACUUGCAGGCACCAUUGGGAUAUGAUAAGUUUGGUUACUCAUGGAGAUCAAAGAAGGGAACUAAGUUUCAUGAAUCACAUGGGAAACAUUACAGUUCAGGUUAUGGUGAAGGCGACACAUUAGGCUUUAUGAUUGUGUUGCCUCAAAACAAUAGUACAAAAUUGCUGCAAAAUACUUAUAAAGACAGGCCUCUAGUCAAGUUCAAGAGUCAUCUGUACUACGAAGAUAAGGACAACGUACAAGAACGAUUGAAAUCUCUUAAACCAUUACCAGGCAGCAAGAUAUUGUUUUUCAAAAAUGGUGAAUGUCAAGGAGUAGCAUUUGAGGGCAUAUACCAAGGAGCCUAUUAUCCUACAAUCUCUCUGCACAAAAAUGUUACUGUGUCUGUAAAUUUUGGACCUACAUUUAAGUGCACACCAUCGACAGAUUUGAAUUAUAAACCUAUGUCUGAUAGAGGAGAAGAGGCAAUUUGUGAUCAGACCCUUGCAGAUUUAAUCUAUCUGACAAAGAAUGAUGGUAAACUGAGACUUGACAGUUUUGUUCUCUGACACUGAAGCAUGCUUGGUUUUGCAGAGGUUAUCCUCAACAGCUGAUUAUAAUAAAUUGGUAUUAAGUUAAAAAUGGAAAGGUUGCAAUUUCAAAUACAAAAUGUACUGUUUCAUUUUCUGGUUAUGAUAUUGCAACGCUAUAAUAUUGUAUGUGAUUCUAUCAGUUCAAUUGUGCUGCGCCUCAAUAAAAAAAAAGUUGAUUAUAUUCAUUAAAUCAAUAAUACUGUUCUUGGUAGGGCAGUACAUCAUUAUUUUUGUCUAAUUAGCCUAAUUGAUUGUUUUUUAUAAAUUAUACAAUGC